GGUACAGUACCUAAAUAGCUUUGGGCAUUGGCAGUGGCAUUGCUAGCCAGGUACCGGUGGUACACCGGUACAGCUGUACUGGCUAGUGUGGUUCCAGUAAAGAGCAAAAUGUCGCCAUGCGGCAGCCGUUUCCAUUGUUCCAGUCACUUUAUUGUGGCAACGGUCAGAUUAUCGCGCAAACACCACAUUAUGCAGUGACAUCGGCGUUGCUCUUGCAUUCAUUUUGACACAGUGCACACUCCCCUCGUUACCCAAAGCCAACCACAUGGUCGAAGCAUCCUUUCCUUCAUCUUUUUAGGGCGAUCAUUACACAUAGUUUCCUAUCAACCAUUCUGCCAUCGGUUUUCAUUGGAUGGGCCAACCAUAAUUUGGUUUCGAGUCGGACGAAAGAAACUUCUGAUCUGAGUGAGAAAGGAAGAGGCGGGAAAGAAGUGUGGGUUUGACCUACCUGAGAUGAGGCGAGCAGUGGUGAAUCAACGACCAGUAUCAACCCAUGCAACGGUUGCCCAUCAAAAGCAGCAGAAUUUUGUUGCAGCUGUGGCCGUUGCUGAGGAUAAUGUGCGAGAUGGGAAAGUGACCUCUACGGGUACGCCUCAGUACUGCCGUCGCUCUAGCAGUAAAAAGGAAUCGACGAUCUCUUCCAUGAUACUACGGAUGGUACGCUUAGGAAGUGUGGCCGUGGUACUUCUCUAUGUAUGGUUGUCGUCGGGGGCCAUUGCUACAACUAUUUCAACCAAUUCGAGGGCCAACAGCAUCCAGCAGGAGUACGACGUUGCAUCGAAAGGAAAAGUCUCAAAGACGAGUGAGGGAACUUCUUAUUUUGAUGAGCAGGAACCGGUGCCACCAUCAGAAGUCUAUAAGGAGGCUUCCGUUGAUCAACGCCAAGACCGUUCAUCACAUUCGUCUUCCCUACAAGACGAACGCCGACAGCAGCAGCAGCAGCAUGAUAUGGAAGCCCGGUAUACGGUACAAUCAGCACAAACUCCUUCUAAGAACUUGGACAAAGAGGACGGCCAAUGCUCCCUCUAUUUGGCACCAAGUACAAUUCCAGGAGCCGGCUUGGGCAUGUUCAGUUCCGUCCAUAGAGCCGUGGGAGAACCCAUGGGAACAGGAGAAGUGAUUGUUCCACUGGUUGAACUGCAUUUCUACAGUGGACAAGCCGACUUGUUCAAUCCAUUCAGUGACUACUAUUGGAGAGGAAGAGAAAAGGGCUUGCAUGGGAUUGUCGCAGAACACCGAUCAAAUUCUCUACAGGGAUAUGUGCCCGGCGUCGAUGCCGCCAUCAAUUGCAACCUGGCACUCAUCAAUGUAGACAUGUCAGGGUCGCAAUUUGACGAUGGAAACCUCAGCCGAUACCAUCAUCCCAUGGCGGGUUCGAUGUCACCCUAUCACAGCACUCCCUCUCUGGUCAGGAUGGAUAUCCCCGCGGGAGGGGAACUCUUCAAGUUCUAUGGCGAUCAAUGGUUUGUGGCUCGUCAGGACAAGUUUGGACUCAUUCCGUUGUCCGACGAUUACCCAGUGGCACAAAACAUUAUCAACAAAUUCGAUAGGAUUCAGAAACGACACUUUCCAUCCAAUGAAAAACUGAAAGAGGAUCUUUGGUCGUUGGUUAAAGACGACAUUGGAAUGGCCGAAUGGGAAUCACGAAUAAUGAAUGCACUCCCACAAUCGGUAGGAGAUGCCCAAAAAGCGGCUCAGAAUGAGAUUGCUAGCUUGCAUCAGGCAAAAGCUGUUCGGUCUGUAGACUACCUUCGGCAGCACGGUAGAUGCGUCGAUUCCAUUCGUCCAGGGCCUUCAACAUUGCCGUCAAGACAGGGUGGUCGAGGUGCCUUUGCUAAACGAAACUAUGCCAAAGGUUCCAUUAUUACAGGAACACCUUUGAUUCAUGUUCCAAACAGGGAACUACUUACGAUGUUUCGCAUGGAACGCAACAACACCGACCCGGACACGGGAGAGGAGACUUGGCUUCGUCACGUCGACGAGAUUGUCAAUCAUCAAAUGAUGUUAAACUACUGCUAUGGCCACCAUCAAUCCACGAUGCUAUUGUGCCCGUAUGGCUCGGGUGUUAAUUAUAUCAACCACAACCAAACUCUUGCCAACGUGAGGAUUCAAUGGGCUCCCAAUGGAACUACAUCGCACAACUCCUCUUGGUUGACUGACAUACGUGUGGAAGACCUUGAAUGGGUUUACGACACUGGGCUGGCGUUUGACUACAUUGCCACGAAGGACAUUAAAGAAUCGGACGAGUUGUUCUUGGACUAUGGGGACGAGUUCGAGAAAGUAAUAGCAGAGCGCUUGGCAACAUGGCGCCCAGAAUCACAGCUUUCCUUCACUGCCAGUGACUUUUACCCAGCAGAGGCAUUCAAACGACACGCUAGCACGAAGGCAUUGCGCACCGAGAUGGAACAGAAGCAACUUCCUUAUCCUGACAAUAUAGAAAUCCGUUGUCACUCGGCCCUUGUGGACAGGUCAAGGAGGUCGCAACAACGCGAAAACGCGGACGAGUUCGAGUUUCAUUGGGACACCCGAGAAAUUGGCUUUCCGUGUCGCAUCCUGGAACGGAAAGAGGCAGAAGGGGACAUCCAUGAUGAGGCAGUGCAAGCAAUGGGCAGUCUCUACACGGUGGAACUGAAACUUCCACUGGAAGAGGUAGGCCUUCAGUACAAAAGUGACACUUUCACAUACGUGCAAAAGAAAGACGUUGCUCGAAGUGCUAUAUCAUUCUUCAACAAACCAUACACAACGGACUUGUUUCUGCCCAACACCUUUCGGAAAGAUAUUGGAAUUCCUGAUGACAUGUUUCCCUCCUUGUGGAAAAACAAGCUGCCAACGCAGCAAAAGGUACCAGACAAGCAAGUGGAUUUUCCAUAGCUGGCUUGACGGACUGUUGGUGUCCGCGGAAAGCAAUCUGCAAGCAUUGUGCACUACCCGAAGACGCUAUAUUCUAAGUGCUUCGGACAAAUGAUUUGGACGGGACGAAAGAACGCAGGAAGAUCUGACUGUAAUGAAUUUCUCUAAUGAUUCUAAUUAUUCUUAUGAUUGCUCUUUUUU